CAAAUUCGCACCCCCCAAUUCAAUUUUACCACCUUAUUCUUUUUUCUCCCAUUCACUCAUUUAUUUUCUUUUCCCUGAACCCCUCAUGUCAGAAGCAUCCACCCAGUUCUGCGAGCUUCUCCUCACCUACACGAAAAAAAAUAAAAUUUUUGUUAACGUACUCAUCCUCAUCGCCGAUUCGUUUCCGGACGAGCGUAAAGACAUAGCGCACACGGUCAUUUCACUUCUAACAACGGAGAAUUGCGAUUUGAUGUGCGAUUUUGUAGCAAGUCUUGUGGAAAAGAGUGAAGAAUACAGGAAGUGCUUUUCGGAGUGCAGAUAUGACUGGGGACAACUUGGAAGAGAGGGUACGAGAGUGAGCGAGGCGUUGGAGGGCAAGGAGUUGGUCGUGCCGCCCGAGCUGUUCUUUUACGGGCUGAAGAGCAAGGAGGAGUAUCUAAACAAUAACUAUGUGCUGGUUGAGUGCUAUAUCAAGGGAAUAAGAGAAAAAAUGGAGGUGAAAGGCAGGGAAUAUGAGGAAAUAGGAAAAGAUACGGGAAGUGACCACGGCGUCAAGAGAAUGAAGGUGAGGGAAGGUGGUAAGGAGAGGAUGGAAGACAUGGGACGAGAGGGUAGCAGAGAAUCUGUGGGUUAUACGGGCAGAGACAGUUCAAGAAACAGAAAUGGAGAGGGCGGUGCUGCGAACAGGGGCUAUUCAACCGGGGGUUCGCGGGACGAGUACGCGAAGGAUAGAACGAAGAGUAAAAUGAGAGAGGAGAGACGGAACACCCAUGAAGGCGAUAAGUUCGCCGUUCUCUAUCAGAGAAUACAGUGCAGAUUAUGUGCCUUGCGAUUUACAGACACUGAAGAGGGGAAGACGCAUUAUGGCACGCAUUUGGAGGAACACAACAGAAGAAAAAGGGUGGAGCAGCAGAAGGACACGAUAAGUAGAACGUAUUUUCCGAAUGAGGAUAACUGGUUGUCCAAGAAAAUAGAACUGCCACCCGCGAGACAGGAGGAACACAAGCUGUUUGUCAGUAAGAAAUUGGUGAUUUGCAAUCUUUGUAACGAGAAAAUGGAUGUGGAAUGGGACGAUGAUAACGAUUCGUGGGUGGUUAGGGAUGCCGUUAAGUUAGGGGAUGGCAACGGCUACGUCCAUAGAGAGUGCGCUUUCUAGGGGUACAAGGAGCGUGAGCAUGUGUAAAAAUGGGGGCUAUGCUCAAGCAGUGCUGCCAAGUGCCUUUAAUGUGACGGCUGCUUUUCUCGCUGAAGAAGAAAUCGAAUGAAUUCGUGUUGAACGCUGUGUUUUUAUGUGGUCUGAGUACGGCGCUCUUCACUUUGCCCGUUCUGCAGUCAAAAAUUUGUUGUGCGAAGAGCAGGGAUACCGCAUUUACACCUAAUCGUGGUGUGAUCCUGUCACAGACAGGAUCGCAACAAAGUGUGCUGCUGGAUACAACGAGCAGAAUCAUAGUUUUGAGCACCAAGGGAGUACAUUCUGGCAGGACUUGGUGCACACGGAAGGUAUGCAGGAGAAAGGACACUCAUCGUUGGUGAUUGGAACGCUAGCUUUGAGGAGAUGGCACGAGAUGUGGUGGUAAUAGCAGGCGCAACAUUCUAAUCGUGUUGUAAUCAUGGCGUGUGAUGUAUGUGCUAUGUGGUUGAUGUGAUGAAUAUUUGGUAUUUAAGACGAUUUAUCAAUACCGAUUUUGAGGGGAAAACGCUAAAAUGGCUCGUUUUCACUGCGUUGGCUUUUGCUGAGAUUUUUACCGUUGGAAAGACUGGAAAUAUCGUGGGAACUGAAUAUGCGUUGUUUUUAGAGAGGUGAUGUGCUUUGCCACAUCGAGAGCAAAGAAGAGCAAGGCGAUGAGUAAAUUUAGUUUGAUGUACGAACCGUUUGUUUGUAAUUUUAGCAUUUUUUGUU